UUCUCUCUCUCUCUCUCUCUCUCUCUCUCUCUCUCACUACACGCGCAGAGGGAUCGUAUUGGGACGAAGUUGAUCGGAGAUGGCGACGCCGAUGGUGGAAGACAACUUUGAGGAAGACCAGCUUUCUUCUAUGACAACUGAAGACAUCACUCGCGCCUCUCGCCUUCUGGAUAACGAAAUCAGGAUCCUCAAGGAAGAGUUGCAGAGGACGAAUCUGGAGUUGGAUUCGUUCCGCGAGAAGAUAAAAGAGAAUCAAGAAAAAAUCAAGCUGAACAAGCAGCUUCCUUACUUGGUCGGAAAUAUUGUUGAGAUUUUGGAAAUGAACCCAGAGGAAGAAGCUGAGGAGGAUGGUGCAAAUAUUGAUCUGGACUCACAAAGGAAGGGUAAAUGUGUUGUGCUAAAAACAUCCACACGCCAGACAAUUUUCCUGCCUGUGGUAGGUUUGGUUGAUCCUGAUAAGUUGAAGCCUGGUGAUCUUGUUGGAGUAAACAAAGACAGUUACCUCAUCUUGGAUACUUUGCCAUCCGAGUAUGACUCCCGUGUUAAGGCUAUGGAGGUUGAUGAGAAACCAACUGAAGACUACAAUGAUAUUGGAGGCUUGGAGAAACAGAUUCAAGAAUUAGUUGAGGCCAUUGUGUUGCCUAUGACACAUAAAGAGAGAUUCCAGAAGUUAGGAAUUCGCCCACCAAAAGGGGUACUUUUGUAUGGUCCUCCGGGGACAGGGAAAACCUUAAUGGCCCGUGCAUGCGCUGCCCAAACAAAUGCUACUUUUCUGAAGCUAGCUGGUCCCCAGCUUGUACAGAUGUUCAUUGGAGACGGAGCUAAACUUGUUCGUGAUGCUUUUCAACUUGCUAAAGAAAAAUCUCCUUGCAUCAUUUUUAUUGAUGAGAUUGAUGCUAUUGGUACGAAGCGUUUUGAUAGUGAAGUUAGCGGGGAUAGAGAAGUGCAAAGGACUAUGUUAGAAUUGCUGAAUCAGCUUGAUGGUUUUAGCAGUGAUGAUCGAAUAAAGGUGAUAGCAGCAACAAAUCGAGCAGAUAUCUUGGACCCUGCUUUGAUGCGGUCUGGUCGGCUGGAUCGUAAAAUUGAAUUUCCCCAUCCUACAGAAGAAGCCAGGGCUCGCAUUUUGCAGAUCCAUUCGAGGAAGAUGAAUGUUCAUCCAGAUGUCAACUUUGAAGAGCUUGCUCGAUCAACAGAUGACUUCAAUGGGGCACAACUUAAAGCUGUUUGUGUGGAAGCGGGCAUGUUAGCACUUCGCCGUGAUGCCACCGAGGUGAACCAUGAAGAUUUUAAUGAAGGUAUUAUCCAAGUUCAAGCGAAAAAGAAAGCCAGCUUGAAUUACUAUGCAUAGACUUCAAUUUCCCCGGGCACAAGCUUUUUGUUUGUGGCACUAGUCCAGGAGGAUGCACACUACUUUGAAGGUUCAAUAGGAAUUGUACGUGUUCCCUCAAAUGGCCUUCUCAACCGGAUCUUUUCCAUUGUUAUGUUAAGCGUGGGCAUCCAACUGUUCAAUGUAUUUCUGUUGAAAUGGCAGGAUUAUAUUGUCUGAGGUAAUUUUAUAAUAUUCUUUUCUUUUCAACAAUUACUUGUUUCACGUUGUCAUUGCCCGUGAUAUUCGUAGGCAAGCACCCUGAACCGAGCAUAAAGUCUUAACCAUCGAGCAUGUGUAAUUUGAAUGGCAAGCACCAUUUUGAUAUGACAUUGAGAACCAAAAACUUACAACGACGAUGUUUCAAAAUUAGUUCAUCAUCGGUGAACUUGUUGCA